GACUGGGACGCAGCCAGCAAACCUGGACAUGCUCUCCUUUGGCUUUGGUUUGUUGGUAAUCUUAAAGUCUUUGUGAAAAACAAGACAAGACUCAGACAGAUCUGUUGCCAUGGUGGAUGUUUUAUUAAGCUUUUUUUCAGGUGAAGGUGUUUUGUUUUUUGUCAUCAGUGUGACAAGAGGACAUGCAAGGAUUUAUUCUUUCUAGAAAACACCUGUCUAAGUUGAAGUUGUAGCCCUUCUGUGGUAACUGUGGUAAAAAGCAAACAAGAUUCCCCAAUCACACUGAGAGAAGAGAAGGAGGCAUGGGAGACAAUAAACCUGGAGGAAUAGUAGCCGCUGCAAGGAACCGUCUGCAGGUGGUGAAGGGCUUGGAGGAUGUGGAGAUGUCUGAGUGUGAGAGCUGUUCCUUGGAGGUGACCCUCAACCUGGCCUAUAUCGAGGGUGUGUGGACCAGAGAUGGGAUGCAGCUUAAGUCCAAGCCUAACUGCCGCAUCAGCAUGCAUGGGAAGAAACACUCCCUCAUACUGAACAGGGUGGCUUUGGGAGACGCAGGCCUGUUCUCUUUUCAAACCAAUGGCAUUCAGACCUCAGGCAGACUCACUGUCAGAGCUAGGGACAUUCACAUAGUGAAGGAGCUGGAGGAUGUUGACACAAUGGAGCGUCAGCCCGUGAACUUUGUGUGUGAGGUCAGUCAGGUGGAUGUGGAUAGUCGGUGGUACAGAGAUGACUGCCGAAUUCGACCUGGGGACAACAUCAAGAUCAGACACCAGGGUAAAACUCACUCCCUAUUCUUCAAGUCAGUCAGGCCAGAGAAUGCUGGAGAGAUCAGAUUCACUGCAGAGCGUGUCUCAUCCUAUGCAACUCUCACAGUAAAAGAGCUCCCAGUCCAAAUAGUGCGUCCUCUGAGGGUCAAAAUAGCCAUGUAUCGCCACCGGGGUCUGCUGGAGUGCCAGGUGUCACGGCCUAAUGCUCAGGUCAGGUGGUACAAGAACAGGAAGGAGCUCCUGCCCAGUAAGAAGUACCAACUAAUCAGCCAAGAUGUCUACAGGCAGCUGACCAUCGAUGACGUCUGCUCUUCAGAUGAGGACACCUACACCUGUGAUGCAGGAGAUGACGAAACCUCUUGUCAGCUUCUGGUGGAGGAGCAGGCUAUCAGCAUAGUGCGGGGGAUGAGCUCUGUGGAGGUGAUGGAGCCGGAGCCAGCGCUGUUCCAAGUGGAGACCAGCCUGAAAUCAGGGAGGCCCCCCCGAUGGACCCUGAAUGGUGAGGUGCUGGAGCCCAGUGCAGCAGUGAACAUCGAGAGGAAGGGCACCCUCCACAGCCUCUGUCUCACCUCCACAGAAAGCUCCAUGUCUGGCCCUGUACUCUUUGUAGCUGGCAAGAGUCGUUCCACUGCUCAGCUUACUGUCAAGGAGCGACCUCUUCAGGUUGCCCACCACUUGGAAGAUGUAGAGGUGAAGGAGAACAGCUCUGUGACUCUGAGCUGUGAGUUUGCACCCUCUCCCAGGGUGGUGCGUUGGUUUAAAGGUCGUACGGCUCUGAAAACCUCAAACAAGUACAGCAUGAAGAGGGAAGGGAAACGGGCAGAGCUGACCGUUCAUGGCUUGACAGGGAUGGAUGCAGGACAGUACCGCUGCAUGGCUGGGGGUUCACAGAGCAUGGCACAUGUUAAGGUAGAAGUGCGAACGCUGAAGUUGGUUAAACACCUUGAGCCAGUGGAAAUUGAAGAGGAUGGCAUUGCCACAUUCUCAUGUGAGCUCAACUAUGUUGUCGCCAAUGUGGAGUGGCUCCUCAACAAUGUUCGCCUCUAUUCCAAUGCCAUCAACAGGAUCCAGCACAUGGGCACUAUGCACAGCCUCACAAUCAAGAAGCUGCGGCCACAGGAGAGCAGGGUCACCUUCAAAGCAGGCCUUCUCUCUGAGACAACCACCUUAAAGGUCAAAGAGAGCCCAGCAGUGUUCCUGAGGUCUCUGGAGGAUGCAGUAGGAGAAGAGCAAGGGCAGGUGUGCCUGCAGUGUGAAAUUUCCAAAGAGACAGUGACCCCUGUUUGGAGGAAGGAUGGUAUGAUCCUGAUGGCUGAUGAUAAACAUGAGUUACUCCAGUUUGGGAAGUCCAUGACACUGAUCGUCCAUUCCCUGAGCAAGGAUGAUGCUGGACAGUAUACCUGUGACCUGGGCACCAGCCAGACAAAGGCUAAAGUUACUGUACAUGACUUACACAUCACUAUUGUUCAGCGUAUGAAGACAACAUCUGUCCUGGAAGGUGAAAGCUGCACUUUGGAUUGUCACCUCUCUCAUGACCUCGAUGAUAAGCCUUCCUGGACCAUCAAUGGCCAGGUGGUGGUCACCAAUAGCCGUAUCCAGGUUAUCAACAAUGGCCGCAAGUAUAAGAUGACAAUUAAAGAUGCUAUACUGAGCGACGCUGGAGAUGUGGCCUUCACAAUUAAAGACCUAAGCUGUAGGACCAUGCUCUUUGUUAAAGAGAAGCCAGUGCACAUCUUCAGAGACCUGUUGAAUGUCAAGGCGGUGCCAGGCGAGGACGCAGAGCUGAGCUGUGAGAUCACUAAACCAGAAAUCACCAUCCGUUGGCUGAAAAAUGGCCAUUUAAUCAGGCAGAGCCCUAAAUAUGAGAUGAGUGUGGAGAAGAACCUGGCACGAUUGGUGAUCAAGAAUACCACCAUCAGAGACUCUGGAGAGUACUGUUGUGAGGCCGAAGGCGUUGCCUCUCGUGCCAAGCUGGAGAUCAGAGAACUCCAGCACACAUUUGCGAGGGAGUUAAGGGACACGCGAGCAGAGGAAAAGGGUAAAGUGACCCUGGAGUGUGAGACUAGGCGGCCAGCCAAGCGGGUGACCUGGCUGAAGGGCAUGGUGGAGUUGAGGUCUGGUAGGAAGUAUGUCAUCAGGCAGAAGGGUGUGGUGCUGUCCCUGACCAUCACCUGUCUGGAGAAAUCGGACACUGAUAUUUACAUGUGUGAUGUCGGUACCAUGCAGAGCCGGGCACAGCUGACUGUGCAGGGCCAGAAGGUGUUGAUCCUGGAUGAAUUAGAGGAUGUUGAGUGUCUUGAGGGCGACACCGUCACAUUCAAGUGUCGAAUUUGUCCCAGUGAUUACAUGGGGGUCAAGUGGUAUCUGGAUGAGACUCUGCUGUACACCAAUGAGCUCAAUGAGAUCCAGAUGGUGCCUGGAGGCUAUCACACCCUCACAUUUAGACAGCUCGCCCGCAAAGACACUGGCACUAUCUCAUUUGCAGCAGGGGACAAAAGAUCGUAUGCCUCACUGUUGGUUAGAGAGAGGCGUCCCACCAUCAUUAAAGCACUGGAAGACUGUGAGGCUAUUGAAGGAGGUGGUUUGGUUUUGUCUUGUGGGACCUCCAAGCCAUGUCACAUCCUGUGGUACAAAGAUGGCUGCCUGAUGUGGAACUCCUCAAGGUAUUUUGCCAGUCGCUCCGGCUGUGAGGCCCGACUGACGAUUCGAGAGGUCUGCAACAACGAUGCCGGAGUGUACGAGUGCAGUGCUGGAUCUGUUACAACUAGAGCCGUUGUAACUGUCAAAGCCAUCCCAGCAGAGUUCACCCAGCCUCUAAAGACUGUGGAGGCCAAAGAGGGGGAGACUGUGACUCUGACCUGUGAAUACUCUCUGCCUGGGGUCCAAUUCCACUGGAGAAAAGGUUUUGAGAGUAUCAGGCCUGGAGACAAGUACUUGAUGAAACAGAGGAAGACAAUCAAUUCCCUAACCAUCAAAGCCUUGAAGCCUGAGGACUCAGGAGAGUAUACCUGUCAAUGCAGAGAUCACUGCACUACAGCAAGCCUCAAAGUACAUGCUAUCCCCAUUACAUUCAUACAGCAGUUAAAGAGCAUGCAAGCAGAGGAGGGAAGCAAUGUCAUAUUGCGCUGUGAGUUGUCUAAACCUGGAAUUCCAGUAGAAUGGAGGAAGGGACAUGAGCUGUUGAAGAAUGGGGUUAAGUACCAGAUAAGGAAAAGGGAGACCACCCUGGAGCUUCUGAUAUGGAAGCCUUUGCCUGAGGACAGUGGGAUCUACAGCUGUGUGUGUGCUGAUCAGAUGACAUCUGCCACUGUCAAAAUCACUGCUCUCCCAGUCACCUUCAAGCAGAAGCUGAGGAAUGUGUUGAUUGAGGAGGGAAACACUGCGGCUUUACGCUGUGAGCUGUCGAAACCCGGUCACAGUGUGGAGUGGAGGAAGAGGGGGAACGAACUCAUUCUGAAUGGAGAGAAAUAUCAUAUGCGGCAGAGAGACAUGCUGAUUGAACUGAGGAUCUUUGAUGUAACACCUGAGGAUAGCGAUAUCUACACAUGCAUCUGUGGAAACAUAGAGACCACUGCAACUCUGACUGUUAAUGCUCUUCCCAUCACCUUCAAGCAAAAGCUGAAGAACCUCCAAGUAGAGGAAGGACACAACAUCACACUGUAUUGUGAGAUCUCUAAACCUGGUGUCCCAGUGGAGUGGAGGCUUGGAGGAGAUCUGUUGCAGAAUGGAGAGAAGUACCAGAUUAAGCAGAGGGACUCAGCCCUGGAGUUGAUCAUCAGAGAUGCUGAACCAGAGGACAGCGGGGUCUACACGUGCGUGUGUAGAGAGCAGAGGACAAAGUCCACUGUUAAAGUUAUCGCUGUUCCUGCCACAUUUAAAGUAAGCCUGAGGAGCCAGGAGGCUGAAGAAGGGAACAGUGUGACAUUACACUGUGAGCUGUCAAAGAAGGGAGUCCCGGUGCAGUGGCAGAGAGAGGCUCAGGUGCUGUCUGAGGAGAUAUUUCGAGGAAAGUAUCAGAUGAAGCUAGAAGGAAAAACAGCUCAGAUGACCAUUUUCAACAUCCAACCAGAGGAUGCAGGGAAGUACAGCUGCAUCACAGGAAAUGAGAAAACCACAGCUGAAGUCAAAGUGAAACCACUUCCUGUGACAUUCAAACGAGAGAUCCAGUGCCUGGUGGUGAAAGAAGGGGGCAGUGGAAUUUUCUGCUGUGAGCUCUCUAAACCUGGGGCUCCAGUGGACUGGAGGAAAGGCAGGGUGAUCCUGAAGCCUGGAGAGAAAUAUGAGAUGAAGCAGGAGGGACGUCUCACUAAACUGGUCAUCAACAACAUAGAGGAGAGCGAUGCUGGCAAAUAUAUCUGCAAGACUAAAGACAGCCAGUCCACUGCUGAGCUCACUGUUCAAGGUUUACCACCAAGUUUUAAGCUGCCACUAGUCAACCAGGAGGUGACAGAGGGCAACAGUGUGGUUCUGCGCUGUGAGCUCAACAAACCUGCCCCUGCGGUGGAGUGGAAGAGAGGAGGAGAGCUGCUGAGAAAUGGAGACAAAUACCAGAUAAGGAAGAAAGACCUGCAGUUAGAGAUGAAGAUUUCAGACCUCAGUCUGGACGACACUGGAGAUUAUACCUGUGUAUGUGGAGAACAGAGGACAAAAGCUACGAUCAUCGUGAAUGAACGGCCAAUCAGUUUCCUUCAAGAACUGAAGAAUAUUCAGGUGCAGGAGGGCAAUGGAGUGACACUCUGCUGUGAGCUCUCCAAACUCGGCACUACAGUGCAGUGGAAGAAGGGCGACAAUGUGUUGACCAGCGGAGAGAAAUACCAGAUGAAGCAGAGUGGCUCCACCCUGGAGCUCCUCAUCAGGAAAAGCCAGCCUGAGGACAGUGGCACAUACAGCUGUGUUUGUGAUGACAUAAAAACUACUGCUACCAUCAUCAUCACUGCGAUCCCUAUAACUUUCAAACAAAAGUUGAAGAACCAGGAAGCUGUGGAGGAGGGCAGUGUGACUUUGCGAUGUGAGCUCUCUAAACCAGGAGUCCCAGUGGAGUGGAGGAAAGAUGCUCAACUUCUGAAGGAGGGAGAAAAAUAUCAGAUGAAGCAAGAAGGCAGGAUGGCUGAGAUGCUGAUCAGAAAUUUAACUCUCACAGAUGCUGCGGAGUACAGCUGUUUUGUUGGCACUGUUGUGACUUCAGCUGACAUCAAAGUAAGAGCAAUUCCUGUAACAUUUAAACAAGAGGUGGAGAAUUUGGAGGUGAAGGAAGGGGACAGUGGAGUUUUCUGCUGUGAGCUCUCCAAACCUGGAGCCCCAGUGGACUGGAGGAAAGGCAGAGUCGUCCUCAAACCUGGAUACAAAUAUGAGAUGAAACAGGAGGGACGUUUCACUAAACUGAUUAUCAACAAUAUGGAGGAGAGUGAUGCUGGGAAAUACACCUGCAAGACUAAAGACAGCCAGUCCACUGCUGAGCUCACCGUCAAAGCUCCUCCCAUCACAUUCAAGACAAAGUUAAGGAACCAGCAGGUGGAGGAGGAGAACAGCAUGACGUUGAGCUGCGAGCUGUCUAAGCCCGGCCUUGCUGUGGAGUGGAGGAAAGGACAAGAGCUGCUCAAGAAUAAUUUCAAGUACCAGAUUAAAAAUCGAAACAGCAUCAUGGAGCUGACCAUCAAAAACACACAGCUGGAGGACAGCGGCCUUUACAGUUGUAUCUACAGUGACGUCAAGACCACAGCCAGCAUCACCAUUACACCUAUCCCCCUCACCUUUAAAAUGGGUCUGAAGAACCAGGAGGCCCCCGAAGGAGGCAAUGUGUCCCUUCGCUGUGAACUGUCCAGGGCCGGGGUGCCUGUGCAGUGGUGGAAGGCGGAGGACCAGCUCUAUCAUGGGGGAAGAUAUCAGAUGAUGCUGAGAGGGAAGAUAGCUGAGAUGCACAUCAAAAACAUCCAGCCUGAGGAUGUCGGGGAGUACAGCUGUGUUUUGGGAGAGCAGAAGACAACGGCUGAAGUGAACGUGAGAGCGGCAGCAUCAGUGUUCUUUGAGAAGGAACUGGAGAGCAAAGCGGUGAUGGAGGGGAAAUCUGUGCUACUGUCUUGUGAAGUUUCCAGUGCUAAUGUCCCUGUCACUUGGAAGAAGGACAACACUGUGGUGGAAGAAGGAGGGCGAUACAUUUUAAAGAAGAAAGGCCCCAUACACACCCUGGAAAUCAAGAAACUGUAUCUGGAGGAUGCUGGAGAGUACUGCUGUAUCACCAGAGGCAAGAAGACCACUGCCAAGCUGAUCGUGAGGGCUUCAUCUUUCUCCACAGAGCGUGUGCGGAUUGUUACAGAGCUGCAAGACGUUACGGUGACAGCGGGUGCGGAUGCAAUGUUUGUGUGUGAGCUGAGCCAUGCGGACGUGAGUGAGGGUGUCUGGUGGCUUGGCUCCAGCCCUCUACAGAAGAACGAGAUGAACCAGAUGACGUGCCAGGGUCGCCAGCACCAACUGGUCCUCACCAUGACAACACCUGAGGAGACAGGCACUGUGGCAUUUGUGGUUGGGGAGGAGAGGACCUCUGCAUGUCUCCUAGUUGUUCCUAAGCCCAAAGUUCUAUUUGAGGAGAAGCCUAAAGACAUUGUGAUCAUGGAAGGAGAGACAGCCACUUUGUCCUGCACGACCUCUGAUUUUACCUCCCCUGUUACCUGGAGGCGCAACCACAUCCCCCUCCAAAAUGGUGAUAAAUAUGAGAUACGUAAAGAGGGAAAAGUCAACCUAUUGCUUAUCCAUGAUGUGGAUCCCCUGGAUACUGGCAUAUACUCCUGUGAUACAGGAGAUGUGCAGAGCAGUGCUAAACUUACUGUGACAGAGCUCCCUCCAUUCUUCCAGGAAGAAUUGCAGAGCAUCGAAGUGGAGGAGGGAGGUUCAGCCUCUCUGUACUGUGAGCUAUCUAAACUUGGAGUGCCGAUUCAAUGGAAGAAGAACAGGCUGCCACUAAGAGCCAGCAGAAAGUAUGAGAUGAGGCAGGAUGGCUGCCUCCUCCAGCUUCACAUCAAAGAGCUCAAACUUGAGGACAGUGGUAGUUACUCAUGUCAAGCAGGAAGUGCAGAGACCACUGCAGCUGUGACAGUGAAAGUGCCCCCUCCAUUCUUCAAGAAAGAAUUAAGAAGUGCGGAGGCUGAGGAGGGAGGUGCAACCUCCCUGUGCUGUGAGCUGUCUAAAGCUGGAGUGUCAGUGCAAUGGAAGAAGAACAGGCUCCCACUACAAGCCAGCAGGAAGUAUGAAAUGAAACAAGAUGGCUGCCUCCUUCAGCUCCACAUCAAAGAGCUCAAACCUGAGGACAGUGGAAGCUACUCAUGUCAAGCAGGAAGUGCAGAGACCACUGCAAAAGUGGCAGUGAAAGAGCUCCCACCAUUUUUCAAAGAAGAAUUGCAGAACGUGAAGACUGAGGAGGGAGGUACAGCCUCCCUGUGCUGUGAACUGUCUAAGCCUGGAGUGUCAGUACAAUGGAAGAAGAACAGGCUGCCACUGAGAGCCAGCACGAAGUAUGAGAUGAAGCAGGAUGGCUGCUUCCUCCAGCUCCACAUCAAGGAUCUCAAACCUGAAGACAGUGGAAGCUACACAUGUCAAGCAGGAAAUGCAGAGACCACUGCAACUGUGACAGUAAAAGAGCUGCCACCAUUUUUCAAAGAAGAAUUGCAGAAUAUGAAGGUGGAGGAGGGAGCUACAGCCUCCUUGAACUGUGAACUGUCCAAGCCUGGCAUAUCAGUACAAUGGAAGAAGAACCAGCUGCCAUUGAGGGCUAAUAGGAAGUACAAGAUGAAGCAGGAUGGCUGCCUCCUCCAGCUCCACAUAAAGGAGCUCAAACCUGAGGACAGUGGAAGCUACACAUGUGAAGCAGGAAGUGCAGAGACCACUGCAACUGUGACAGUGAAAGAGCUCACUCCAUGUUUCAACAAAGAUUUAGAAAGUGUGGAGGCUGAAGAGGGAGCUACAGCCUCCUUGAACUGUGAGCUGUCCAAGCCUGGGGUGUCAGUACAAUGGAAGAAGAACAAGCUGCCACUGAGAGCCAGCAGGAAGUAUGAGAUGAAGCAGGAUGACUCCCGCCUCCAGCUCCACAUCAAGGAUCUCAAACCUGAGGACAGUGGAAGCUACACAUGUCAAGCAGGAAGUGCGGAGACCACUGCAACUGUAUCAGUAAAAGUACUGCAACCGACUCCACCAACGUUAGAGCUUCCCACAAUACUGCCUCGGGCAAAGGGCACUGUUUCCAUAUCAACUUCUACUCCAGAGAACGGGAGGUCUGGCCUGCCAGAGGCCAAACCUGUUCCUCCAGAGCCCAAAAGGAGAGCUUAUAGGAAAGCAUCUAUUUCAGAUUCAGAAAAAGAUGUGGAUUCAGUGUUUGACCUAAAACAGUCUAUGCUGAGGGAGAAUAAUGAAGAUCAAAAGGGCAUCCCACCUGCCAGGUCUAUGGAGACAGACUCUGUUGCACAGGAGGUAACACAAUUGGAGAGGCAUAAGGAGAAAGACAGUGAGGUGUACAAGAAAGUUGAUAAGAGAAGGAGACUACUGGAGAAGGACGACGGGUUUGGCAGGGAGGUGCAAGAGCCAGCAAGGCCUUUGGAUAUGGAGAAAGAAGUUUUCAUGGAGACGAGACCACCAGGACGGAAUUUAGAGAAAUUAGUCAAGGUUGACCACGCGAGUCAGCUAGACAAGGUUCUCGGAGACACUUUGUUUGAACAAAAGAAACAGCCAUUAAUAUGUCUGGAAAAGGAAAAGGAAAUUGAACAAAGGUCAAAACAACCAGGAAAGCCUCCAGAGAAAACAAGUGAAGUUCAGAGAAAGGUAAACCAUCCAGGAACAGUCCUGUGGAAGAACAGUGAGAAUGAAAACGAGCUAGAAAAGUUCAUUGGGAAAGACACAAUAAAGGAUCGAGAGGAGAAGUCUACAGUAAAGAAGGGUGAAGUAGACAAAACAGAGAAGGAACCUUUGAAACCACCAGUAAGAUCUAAAGGAAAGGUAACGGGGGGGAAGGGACCACUUAAAUAUGUUCCAAAGGAAACUGAGGAGAUCAUUGUCCAAUCAGUAAAGCCUACAGUAAAUGAUUCUGAAGAAGACCAUAAACAGAGAGACCAUGUGAAACAACAAGUGUCCACAGAGGCAGAAAAAGAGAAAAGGCCACUGAAACUAGUAGUAGACAAACAGUCAGUAGAACAUCCAGAAAAGACUUUAGAAAAAGAGGCUGAAUUUGUCCCUCCAAAACCACCUGUGAGGAUAAAAAGCAAAGCAAAGGGGGGAAUGGAAAAACAAUAUUCAAGGGACACAGAGACAGAUCAGGAUGAUCAACAGAUGACAAGAGAUAUGGUGAAAACAAUGGAUUAUCAGCCAAUUAAACAGUCAUUAGGGUCUUUGAAAAAAGAGGUUGAAGAGAAACCAAGAUUUGAGAGGAAACAAUCAGUAACAGCAGACACUGAGAUAGUUAAGAAAAGUAAGCAACCUGUGAAAGCUGCAGAGAAGGAUGCAAACACCAGACAACCGAUCAAACAACCAGUAAAACCCAUGAGAAAAGACCCUGGAGUAGACCAGGAAAUGAAACUGGAAGUCGAGCCAAUGAGAAGGGAGGAAGAACAGCAAACAAUAAAGAUGACAGAAGAUAUUCCUCUCCUCUACAUUUCGGAAGACGAAACUUUCUCUGAGGCUUUGACUGAGAUACCAGCGACCCACAGCCAUGUCCAGCCACCAGGCUCUUUUGUUGAGUGUUCAACCCAACCCUCUACUCUUCCUGCAAUUGAUGUACUGCAAAAGGCACAACCGCCAAAGGAUGCUACACCAGAGAUCGACAUCAGCAUUGAGGAUGAACCACAAAUGCAAGAGGCUGCAGUCAAGAUCCAGGCUGCCUUUAAAGGAUACAAAACCCGCAAAGACAUGCGACCUGUCUUUAAAGAGGUGUUUAAGAACCAGAGUGCAGAUCUUCAUGGUACAGUGACUCUAGUGUGUAUUGUAGAAGGAAAACCCAGCACAGUGCGCUGGCUGAAAAACGGCCAACAAAUCACUAAUGACCAGCGGUGCCGUAUUGAGACUACAGAGAAUGGUGCAUGCACACUGGUGAUCAAAAACCUGACCACCAAUGACAGUGGAAUCUAUACAUGUGAGGUGGUGAAUAAGUUUGGUGUGACCUCCUACAAUGGAAACAUAACAGUAGUACAACCUCAGAAGCUCGCUCCGAUAGUCCAGAAGCCUGUACACCCACCCCUUGCAGCCAUAACUCCUCUGCAACUUGCCCCACCAAAGCCUGAGGCCCAGGCCAAAACACAAACUCAAAAUCUGCCUCGGACUCAAACCCAGAUAUCCACUUCAGCUACAGCUGCUGCGAACUAUGUAGAAAGUGUAAGUGUCUCUCUGUGGGAGGCCUACAACCUGACGGAGCAGCAGAAUACUCAGAUGAGCCUGCAAGAGAGGAGAGGAUCCUCACUCAUUGCUGCCAGCUCCAUGUCGAGUCCCUCUGAUUAUGAUACAGCUCCAGAUAUAAUGGAAUCUGUUGAGACUACCCCAGCUGUACCGAGGGAAGGGACGGAAGCAGUGGACCAAGUGCCUCCAAGAGAUAAUGAAGAACAAAUAGCUCCUCCACAGCCUCCUAAGAAACUACUGAAGGUCAAAGGGGCUCGUGAAGGUAGACUGAGGACACCAUCUCCUAAGCACCACCGUGCACACACACCCUUAACUAGUACCGUCUCUGGAUCAGAGUCAGAAGGGGAAGAGGAUAGACGAGAGACAUUCGAAAUGUAUGUGGCUCGAGCUGAUUGCAGUCCCAACAACGGAAAUAAGGACAGUUUUGUUCUGAAGGAGGGCCAGUUUGUAGAGGUCCUGGUUUCUGUUCAUCCUGACAAAUGGCUCGUGAGGACCAAACCCACCAAAACCAACCCUGCUCGGCAGGGAUGGGUGUGUCCAGCCUACCUGGAGAAGAAGAGGAAGGAGAUCUUCCCGCAAUUGAGAGCACCUCAAGAGGAUCUUGAUGGAAUUGGGUCUACAGGAGAAGAGUACAGGAGAGCUCUGAGCCAACUGAUCCAAGGCCUGAUUGAUGGAGAGGAGGAGUUUGUAAAGGAGAUGAAGAUGUUCACCUCUCACCAGCUAAAUUAUUUGGACUCCAGCUGCCACAUCCCCAUUAACAUCCUCAACCAGAAAGAGAUCGUUUUCAGGAAUAUCAAAGACAUUGUGUUUCUGCAUGAGAGGUCCUUCCUUCCCGGUCUGAGAGAAUGUGCCACAGACGACGAUGUGGCCAUGCAUCUGAUCAAGCACAGUGAGGACUUUGAGAAGUAUCUCCACUACAUGGUGGGACAAGCACAAGCAGAGGCCUGCGUCACCGACAAGGCUCUGCAACAGUAUUUCAAAGAGUUAACAGAAGCUGGUAAGCCUGAGGUUCCUGUCAUGGAUGUCCUUACCUUCCUCCAGCGACCAGUGGAGAGGAUUCAAACCUACCAUGCUUUACUGAAGGAGUUAAUCAAGAACAAAGCCAAAAGUGGCCAGAGCUGCUGUCUUUUGGAGGAUGCCUUCUCCAUAGUGUCCUGUCUACCUUGGAGGUCUGACAACCUGCACCAGGUGUCCCUCAUCGAGAACUACCCAGCUCCUCUAACCGCCCUGGGCGAGCCUGUGCGACAGGGAGUCUUCGCAGUGUGGGAGGAAUCUCCAGAAAUUAAGACGACCUCUAGAGGGCAUCAGAGACAAGUCUUUCUCUUCAAGGAAUGUAUUGUACUGUGUAAAUUGAAAAGAGACACCAGUAUGAACAGUGACACCUACACCUUCAAGAACAAAAUGAAGCUGAAUGAUGUGGAAAUAAAGGAGACUGUGGGUGGAGAUGAAAAGUCUUGGGGGUUGUGGCAUGAGCACAGGGGCUCAUUGCGGAGGUACACACUGCAGGGCCGCUCCUCCCUGGUUAAACUCUCCUGGCUCAAGGACCUGAAGGAGCUACAGCAACGUUCCAGCCUGCCCACUAACAGCCCACCAGUGUUUGAGUCACUGUUGUCUGACUGCACAACAAAGAUAGGACAGACAAUCAAACUGACCUGUAAGGUCACAGGAUCGCCAAAACCAGUGGUCAGCUGGCUCAAAGAUGGCCUUCCUUUAGAGGAUGACCCCCGUCACAUCAUCACAGCAGACCGGUCAGGCACCUGCAGUGUCAUUCUGGACUGCCUCACUGCAGAAGACUCUGGACAGUAUGCUUGCUAUGCUAACAGCUCCAUGGGCCGUGCUGGUACUCUGGCUAAGAUUUUGGUGCAGGCUCCACCCAGAUUUGUGUGUCGGUUGGAAAGUGCUUGUCUGAUAGAAGGAGAGGAUACACAGUUUACCUGCUCCACACUUACUACUCCUUUACCACGAAUCAGGUGGUUCAAAGAUGGCAGAGAGUUGACAGACCAGCAAAAAUACCUCAUCCUGAAUGAUGCUCGGAGUGGGAUCUUGUGCCUAACGGUCAUCAGUGCAACAGAGGCAGAUAUUGGACAGUAUGAGUGUGAGCUUUGGAAUGAGUUUGGCUGCGUCAAGUGCAAGGCAGGGCUGUGCAACGCUUAUGUACCGCCGAUUGACCUCGAGAAAGACCAACCACAGGACUUACCUCCUAAAGAUGCAGACUCAGAGGGCUGGUCCACUGCUUUUGUGAAGAAAUGGUUACAGACUGAUUUCAGCCCCACCUCUAUUGCUAAGAUGCUCUUCCCUCCUGGACACCCUGAACAAGCUGAAUGUAGUACUGAAGAGGCUAUUCCUGCCUCGACAUCCAUGGAUCAGGUGGUACAGCAGCCUGCGUGUUACCUAGAGGAUGAAGAGGAAGAAAUCUACAUCUCAGAGUCAAUGCAGGAAAUUACAGAUGCUCCUCCCUCUAUCCAGGUACCUGCUGAGGACCUGUGUGUAGAGCCUGGCCAACCAGCUACAUUUACUGCCAUCAUCACAGGAAGACCUACUCCUAAGAUACAGUGGUACAAGGAUGGAGAGGUGCUUGCAGCUAAUGAGAAUGUGGAGAUAGUACAGCAUGGUGCCCGCUGCUCAGUGACCAUAGUGUGCUCUGAGGGUGAGGACAGUGGCAUAUACACCUGCUUCGCCUACAAUGACUCUGGCCAUACCUCAUGCCAAGCUCAGCUGACAGUGGAGGAAGGUCCACUGGAGCGUCAGGAGAGAGAGGUGGAGCUGGGGAAGAGAAGGAAGUUAUUCUCUGUGUAUGAUGUCCAUGAGGAAAUUGGAAGGGGAACCUUCGGGGUAGUAAAGCGUGUAGUGCACAGAAGGACAGGUGAAGUGUUUGCUGCCAAGUUUUUGCCUCUGCGGAGCAGCACUCGGACCAGGGCCUUCCAGGAGAGGGACUUGCUAUCCCGUCUGGCUCACCCCAGAGUGGCCUGUCUGCUGGACUUCUUUUGCACCAGACGGACUCUGGUGCUGAUCACAGAAAUCUGCUGUUCACAUGGACUUCUGGACCAUUUAUUACUGAAAGGAUCAGUCUCAGAGAAAGAGGUUCAGUCAUACAUCCAGCAAAUCCUUGAAGGAGUUGGUCACAUUCACAGCAUGAACAUUUUGCAUCUGGACAUUAAACCUGAUAAUAUCCUAAUGGUGUAUCCGCCCAGAGAUGAGAUCAAGAUCUGUGACUUUGGCUUCUGCCAAGAAAUGGACACAUCCAGACACCAAUACAGCAUGAUUGGUACACCAGAGUUCGUAGCCCCUGAGAUUGUUCAUCAAGAACCAGUAACUGUGGCUGCUGAUAUUUGGUCUGUAGGUGUUAUAUCCUAUAUAUGUCUGGUGUGCCGAUGUCCUUUUGUGGGUGAGACGGACCGUGCUACACUGCUGAGGGUGGGAGAGGGGACCCUGAACUGGGACGAACCUGAUGUCACGUACAGGAGCCCUGAGGCCCAGAACUUUCUCCACAUGCUCCUUCAGCCAGAUCCAGAGAAGCGACCAUCUGCCUUUGAGUGCUUGAGCCACGAAUGGUUCCAGGUGAGAGGAAAUACAGACCAAAAGGAUGAACAUGCAGGAGAAGAUACUGAUGAAAUCAACACAAAGAGUUUGAAAGUCUUCAUCUCAAAAAGGAAAUGGCAGCGUUCUUUGACUUGCAUUGGGUCAGUUCUCACAUUGAGGCCCAUCCCUGAGCUGCUGGAUGCUCCUCUCAGAGACACUGCAGUGACAGUGCCCCGCGAGCCCCAGGAACACAGCAGCACCUCUCUGAGUAGUGGCUCCUCGUCUGAGUAUGAUGAAGCUGACUCUUGGGACUUUUUCCAGCACUGCAGCCCGACUGAGGAGGAGGAAGAAACAGAGGAGGACUAUGAUCCUUUAACAGAGAGAGCGCAGAUCCGCGAGCCUUUUGCCAAACUCCAACUAGGUGCAGAGGAGGAAGAGGAAGUGACAUUAGGGGAGGAAGAGGAUGGGGAGAUAGUAGAAAGGAGGAGUGUACUAGAGCGGAGUAUGAGCAAGCAGUCAGUUGCGUCAUCAGAUGUGUCGUGCCAACAGACACCUCAGAGGGAGCGUAGGUUCAGCAAAGACAGUAGUCCAUCUCUUUACCUAUCUGAUGGGGAUGAGGGUUCAGGGAGUGACGGAGGUCGAAUCCCUCGUGGCAGCGUCAUCCGAAGCACUUUCUACAGCACCUCUCAUCAGCUUUCACCCAUGUCUGCCAGACACAUGACAUUACGGGACAAAUUCCAGACCAAAAAGCAGGAGAGAGGCCGCAAACCACUCCGGAGAAGUUUUUCAGGACGUCUCAACGAGCCUCUUAUUGAAUAUGUGGAGGAUGAGACAGAGACCACUCGUGGCCAGAGACGAGCAUCUAUCCAGCCCACAAUGCAGAAGUCCUGUUCCUUUGACAGUGGUGUUGGCCUCGCCCACACCAACAUACCCCCUCACAGGAGGAGCAGGUCUCUUGAUGAGUAUUCCAGACGAUCUCCCAGCUCGCCCAAGCACACAGUCAGGUUAGGUGAAGAAGAAGGCUCUCAAAGUCUGAAGGAAGAUUUCACAGAUGAUGAAGUGGCAGGGAGAAACUUGUUGGCCAUCCCGAGCCCUCGGCGACCCACAAGAAGAAGAGGCUCUGUCGCUCCAACACAAGGAACUAACAUGCUGGGUGGAUCAUCUGUUCCCUCAAGCCUCCUUGCUGGAGACAGAAUGAGCCCCAGGCUGGAUCAGGAGCAGACAGAGGGCGACACCUUUGCUGGCUCCCAGGGGUCUUUGGCUGAGUCGUCUAUUUUGGAGCAUGGCUCAGAGUCGUCAAGUAGACUUGGCUCCUGUGAGGAGCUGAGUUAUGGUCACCUCAGAGGAAGAUACAGAUCAGGAGAGAGUGAAGGGUUUGAUCAGGGGGAGCCUCUGAUUUCACCAUCCCCAUGCUCAUUCCAAGAAGUUAAACCCAGAAGCUUGUUUCCCCAGGCACCGCCGCGUAACCGCACCCGCUCCAACCCCAACUUAUCUACAAACAGCAGAGGUCAGCCGGGUACCCCACUAAUGGCGAUCCCCAGUCCCAGCCUCUCUUCUCUCCAGGCUCCAGAUAGGCCUCCCAGGGCCAGGGACAAGAAGGAGGGCCAUGACCUCCAGAGGCAUGCAUCCGCUCCAGCCCUCGAAGCCCGGCCACCUACAGGAAAGUCACCCAAGCUUGGACUGCUAAAGAUCUUCCGCAGGCAGUCCUGGACCGGCCAUUCAUACUCCCAGCUGGAGGACAAAGAGUUAGGACCCACACUAGGAGAGAUCAUGAAGCCAGAUACUCCCACCAUGUCUCUGAGGAAGAAAAUGAGAGCUUCAGCCUCCAGCCUGACCAAGCUGUUUUCCAGAUCUUCUAGUAAGGAGGAUGUGAGUAAAGGAGGGCCAAUAGUAAAAGGAUCAGCUCCCAUCCGACCUGAAAGGCAGCAUAGCACUGGUCUUGAGAGACCAAAAAAGAGGACCUCCAAACUCUUGCCUUCUUUUAAAAUACCUGCAUUCAAAAAGACAAAAGAUCUGCCAGUCCGUCCCAACAAAGCUGAUGUGCUCCAGUUGGAUGGAGGUGGAGUCCUGCUGGUUUGGAGACCAGUCCAGUCUAGUGACCCUGUCACCUACUGUGUGCAGUACUGUACAGAUGGUGGGGAAUGGACGGUCCUGUCGGAGGAGGUGACAGAUAGCUGCUAUGUGGUGAAGGACUUACCCAGAGGAGCUUCUUAUGUGUUCAGGAUGGGCUGCAUCACCAAGACAGGAGCAGGAGCUUUCAGUGAUGCUUCAGCACCUGUUGUUAUGGCUACUCAUCCUGAAGAGACUCACAUUCCUCUCAUCCAGACUGAGUCACUGGGGUCAAAGGUCAUUGAGUCAGAACAACAGACAACACACAAGAACUACAGUUUCCUCUCCGAGAUCAACAGGGGUCGUUUCAGCGUAAUAACCCUGUGCAGGGAUGUUGAGACCAGCCAAGUAUUUGCUGCCAAAAUCACCCCUUACCAGGCAGAGCAGAGACAGUUGGUGCUGAGGGAAUACCAGCUGCUGAAGAGGCUUCAUCACCCCCACCUGGUACAGCUGCACACUGCCUACAUCACCUCUUGCUACCUGGUGUUAGUAGAAGAGCUCUGUCCCGGCAAGGAGCUGCUCUACAGUCUGGCAGCAAGAGAUCUGUAUGCUGAGACUCAUGUCGCAGAGCUGCUGGUUCAAAUUCUGAGUGCAGUCGACUACCUUCACAGCCGUCGAAUCAUCCACCUGGACCUGAAGUCUGACAACAUGCUGGUGGAUGAUUGUAACCACCUGAAGAUAGUUGACUUGGGCUCGGCUCAGUCCUUCAUACCCGGGCAGCCUCUCAACAUCGAGCACAUCCAGGGCCUGUCGGAGAGCAAAGACUGCUGCAGCAAAGUUUAUAUUGUCCUUCCUAAAGCUCCGGAAAUCCUGGAAGGUCAGGGUGUCGGGCCUGAAACUGACGUUUGGGCUAUUGGAGUUCUGUCGUUCAUCAUGUUGAGUGCCGACAGCCCGUUUCAUGCAGAGCUCAGCUGGGAGCAAGACAGAAACAUCAAGAAAGGGAAGAUCCAAUUUGGACGCUGUUAUCCUGGUCUGUCAGAGGGAGCCUUAAACUUCAUGAAGAGCAGCCUGAAUAACAAAUCCUGGGGGAGACCCACUGCAGCCGAGUGUCUUCAGAACCCAUGGCUGCGUGCCCAUCGUGCCCCACACAAAGGCCGACACUCCAAAGUGUGUUUCUCCACAGACAAGCUUAAAGAUUACCUCAAGCAGAAGGAGGUGAAACGAGAUCAGGUCCACACCAAGCUUCAGGGUCCCUUCUUCCAGUAAGGCAACACUGUAGGGGUUUCGUUCACCUACAGCUUAAUAACCAGCACAUUUCAUUUCAGCUGAAUGUUUCCUGUGUGGCUCUUUUCUGGCUAGCUGGAGCCAGGUCAGAUUUCUAAAAUCUGUUUUCUCUAAAAUCUCUGAUUUUGAAAAUGUGACGCGUCUUAAUGAGUUUUCAAAGUGUUUCAAAGUGUAUUUAUCCAUUAGCUUGUAUACGUGAGUGUGCUGAAUUUUUUGUGUUUUGGUUUAUAUGGAAACAUAUCAGGGAUAAGGUUUAUUCUCAGCAACGAGUGCACACGUGUAUAUGAGUUGUAAAACUGUUGAGAAACUGUUGUUUUGCUCCGUAGUGUCAGACAGAUGCAUAUAUUUGGCCUUAAAGUGAAAAAUGUUUUUUGUGCUAUUCUUCUUCAUACAGAAAGCAGAUAUUUUAUUUAAAAAUGGCUUAAAAUUACAAUGUAUAAAUGGGAAAUCGAUAAGAUUUAUGGGUUUUACUGAAUGCUUCUAAGUUUCAUAAUACUUCAGUCGUCACCCACCUGAAUGAGUUAGUGAAUGAAAGAUUAAUUAAAUGGCACAGACGUGGUCAGUCAUUGUCCUCA